AUGGAAUAUAAUAUCACUACAAAUUUUAAUUUUGAACAAAUUUAUGCGUCCUCUCCUAUGCCACUUUCACCAGAGAUGAUAAUGCUACACGAUGGACAAGAGAUUUUAUUUGAAGAUUGGAUGCUCGAUUUGACGAUCGAAGAUUUUGUUAAAGCAGGUUUAAUACCAGCAGAUAAGGCUAUUUCUCUUAUGAAUCAAUGGGAAAUAGAAGAAAAAAUGGCCGCUUCGUUCAAUUAUCAUCCUCAAAUACUUGAGAUUUUAUCAAAUCCAAGUAUCUCUUAUCGAAAUAUUUGUGCGAAUUGUAAGGUAACCAAAUCUCCCGCAUGGCGACGUGAUGAAUUUGGAAAACUUUUAUGUAAUGCAUGUGGACUUUAG